AUGCUCGGAACUGUCUGCAUCAUCGUAUCAUUUCUUCUUGUCCAUCAAACGAUCUGUGCCCCACGGGCGCUGGUGGCGGAUCGUUGUCCGAAGGGAUGGAUUCACUACGCCAAGGCCAAGACUUGUUAUUAUUUGUCGAGGAGGCGAUACACGCAUGAUGAGGCCCAAGCGUACUGCAAAGGACUGUCGAAACGAGCGUCAUUACUUCGAAUCGAGGAUGCUAGGGAAAAUCGACAAUUACAGGAAAUGACGAACGAGUGGCCGGUGUGGAUGGACGCAAAAGCCCGCUUCGACAUUGUCGAUAGUGCUGCCGGUCUAUUCAGCCCGGGCUAUGUGUUGAGAUGGCCAAAUAAUCGCCCUGUACGAUACUCUAACUUUGGCGGAGCCUCACGAGACCGACGAUUGCGCAGCGGCUGCGUUACGGUAAACUCAAAAGGGGAAUGGUCCAAUACACCGUGCGCUGCGAAAGCGUAUGCAGUUUGUGAAAGGCGAGCUAUUGGGAAACCGGAAAAGGUUGGUUGUGGUAAAAACUGGGCCUACAAUCGCGCUACCCGAGCUUGCUAUCGAGCCGUGACGAGGGAUAAUAUGACGAUGCUCACGGCCGAUAUUCGGUGCUACGAAAUGGGCGCUGAAAUCGACAAAGAUGCCAUGCUGGCCUCGGUGCUAAGCGAGGAGGAGAACACUUUCGUUCGAAGCCUCGCCCAGGCCGCCCUCACCGACGUUGAGUUUAUACUGCUAGGAGCGUUCGGGAAUGCGAAUGAUCGCCAGAAUUGGGCGUGGCUGGACGGCUCCGAUUUCGUGUACAGCAACUGGGAGCGAGGGAUGCCGCACGGCGGCAGGUCGUUGGCCGUGCUGGUGAUGAACAGAAGGGGAAAGUGGAUUAACCACUACGCCGACAAAAUCCUGUCCUUCUACCGGGCCGUCGCCGUGUGCAAGUAUAAACUA